CUCACCUGUCUGACUGGGAAGGACGAGCAGAGAAAGAAGAAAGUAAUGACCUCGUCCUAAAUAGCAGAGAUAAACUUUUCCAACAGUUGUCAGGUCUGUAGAUAACUGAGUGACCUGUGUUACUUUGAGAGGUUGUUGCCUUUUCGAACCGUGGGUGGGACGUUUACGUCGCGCGGGCAGUGUAGUUUCAUUAUUAAAACUUAUAACUUUUAGUCACUUCCGCGUUGGGACUUCAGUCAGGAUAUUUAUAACAGCUCCCAAUAACCACUGGGCGUUGAAGACAAAUAAGCAUGGACCCUGUGCUGCCGCUCUACACGAGAAAUGGGAACGACGGUGGGUCUUAUUCAUCUAGUGAAUGGGUGGCAACGGGUAAUGGAGAUGGUGGUGUGGCCUACAGGAACUCUGAGGAAACAGAAAGGGACAAUUUGCUUACAGUACAGGUUCCUGCUGGUAACGGGGAGAUGACGCUCUCUGGCCACGAAGUAGAAGCUCAAAGGAAUCUGGCAAAUACACACACUCCUCGAGAGAUUAGCGCCACAUCCAGGGUAAAGAGAGAGCUGAGUGAGAUCGUCUUCUGCAGAGUCAGACUGUGGAUGGUCAUUAUCUCCAUUUUCGUCCUCAUUGUUGUUGUGAUAAUUAUUUCAAUGGUGGUGUGCUCAGCGAUCCACGAGGAUCCAGAUGAGAAGUUUGACCCUUCGUUGUUUAAAGUUCCUCUUUUUUUCAAUGGGAGCUUCCAAUUGUCAAACAUGGCCUUUGAGGAGGAACAUAGCACCUUAAAUUACAGCAGUGAUGCACUAACAGCUGACCUUCAAGAAAAGCUGGCUGAUAUCUACAGAUCCUCCCCUGCUCUCGGACGAUACUUCUCCAAAGCUGAAAUACAUGUUUUACGGAACAGCUCAGUCAUCGCUGACUACCAUCUGACAUUUCUCAUGCCUGAAGAGCAGCAAGAUCAGCUGAGAAACUUUACCCUCAGCAGGGAGAUGGUGUACAACGUGUUCAGACAGUUUCUAUACGACCAGGAACCAGACAGUUCUGAAUUGCUGUACAUUGAUCCCCUUUCCCUAAACAUGUCUUGAGGACUUGAAAACCGGAGUAUUUUGCUUUCUUUGUCGCUCAAUGGAGAUGACUCUAACCAAACACUAAACAUCCUAUGUAUGAUUUGAGAGGCCUGUAAUGUUCCUAUUGAAACACAUCAUGCAUUUUUACCACAGGAAGCUAGAAAGCCACAGUCACACAGACCCACUUUAUUUGUGGGUUUGUAUGUGCAGGUCAUAUGCAGUAUCUCAUGUGUGUUCUGUUUAAUAGGCUUUGAAGACUGUUGUUAAUGAAAUGAAUCAGCAGUGCAGGACAUCUGCCUGCAGUCAAACGGAGUAUUUUAACUCAAAGGAGAAUACUAGCAAAAAUCAGGGCUUUGCUUAGUAUAUGAAAUAGUUUUUCCUAAUGUAUUUUAAAUUUUAUUGGGAUUUACUGUGCCUUUUUUUUUUUUUUAAACUGCAGCUGUAUGAAUUGUAAGAGUAUUGGUAUAAAUGUCAGUGCUGUAAAUAUUCAUAUUAAUUCCCUGACUAUCACUGUAACUUCAUGCGUGACCAUUUGUACAUAAGGAAAGCCUGUAGCCAGUUUAGUGUAUUUUAAUGGAAAUACAAGUGUUCAUAUUUACAUAUCUGAGCCAUUAUUCUGUGUCACCAGAAAAUGAUUUGCAAACCAAAACUGUGGAACACUGUGAAAGCAUUUGCCUAGAAAGUAACAAACACUUUAAGGAAAUAAGCUGUAGAGCACUGUACAGGGAAAUGAUCCUGCUGGAGCCCUCAUUCUGUAAGUGAAAGCUAUGCAUUUACAUUUGAAAUUAUAUAUUUUACACAAAGAAAUGAUAC